AUGCCGCUACGACCAACUUUCGACCUCUAUGAGGCCCUCGAGAUCGAUGCUACUGCUACUAAAGGGGAAAUCAUAUCCUCAUACCGUCGUCUUGCUCGUGAUCAUCAUCCCGACAAGAAUCCCGAUAACGCCGAGGCCACGGCCAAUAUGCAGAAGAUCAACGCGGCAUAUGAGAUCCUCAAGAACCAAGAGCUCCGUGCCAACUAUGACCGCCAAACCCCGAACACUCGAUUCUCUUUCAACAGCGACCAAUACCAAAGCGGAGAUGAAUAUGACGACUGGGAGAACUAUUCCUAUGAACAGGAGGAACGCGGUGAUUACUUCGAUGGCUUCGGCUUCGAAGGAUUCCCUUUCGGCGAACAUGAAUUCGGCUUUGGUGGACGUAGCGCUCGCAAUCUUCGCGAUGACGCUCGGGCAGAGUUGAUAAAGAAGAUAAAGGAGAUGGAAGAAGCCAUGAAGAGAGCAGAGGAGCUACGCGUGCAGGCCAGAGAUCAGAGAAUCAAGAGAGAGGCUGAGGUUAAAGCACAAGCGGAACAAAAGGAGCAGAAGCAGAAGCUCGCCGCCGAGGAGAAGGAGAAGAGACUGCGCAAGGAGAAGAGUGGUCAAGAAGCCAUCUGGAAGGCGAAGAAAGCGACCACCCCGUCUCUUCAACGCAAGUCAUGCCUCCACUCUGAGUUCUGGCCUCGUCAGCAGAUGAAGAGCAAAUUUCAGUGCAUGGGUUGUCUGCGAAAGCGAGGCCCAGUUGGGUUCAAGUGUCCGUACUGUUCAUCACUGCAGUGCCAGUCUUGCCUCGAUGACUUCAGAGUCAAGCGUGCUGCUCGCUGUGCAGCUCCCUAG